GCUCUGGCUGUGAGAAGGACAAGAAGUGCCUGGCAUCAUGGCAGAGGGGGUCUCCCAGGACACGGGGGGCGAGGAGCCUCAUGAGCCCCGGAAGCUGAGCAUGCACGUAGAGAGUGAAGAUGAGGAUGGUGGGGAGGCAGGAGACCAAGAGAGCAUAGCUGACCCCGAUCACCUGGCCUGUCCCAGGGGCAGCUCGCCAGUGACUCGGGACAAUGCCCACUUGCUGUGGCCGCAGCCUCCCAGCGAAGAGGAGGAGAAGUUCUCUGACUCUGGUGCUGGGGUCCCGGGGGGAAAGCCUGUGGCCUCACGUGGGAAGUCCUUGCGAGGAAGAGAUGAGUCAAAGACCACUCAGACCCUCGCCUCCCCGGGGUCAAGCGUGGCUCAGAGCGCCCUCUUCGGUGGCCUCUCACACAGGAUGUCAAGUCGGAAACAGCCUCCUAGGGCCUCAUUAUCUGCAGGCGAUGAUGGAGACUUCCCUGGAACCGGGAGAUAUUCCUGUGCACAACGAGGUGUAGACAUGUCCCCAGACAACUGCUCCCCUGCGUGUGUCCUCAAGCAGGAGACACACACAGGAUCCCAGGGGUCGCCCACCACAGCCACUUUGGCAGUGGCAGGGCCGGCAAAAGUGGGAACUGGCCAGCAGGGUCAGAGACCGGCGGGUGCGGGCGGACAGGAGGAGACGCUUCCUUGCAAGGGCUUACAGGGCAGCCGGGCCUUCCAGAAGCCCACCGACCCGCUGGGCGUGCAGAUGCGAGGUGACAAGCCCUACGCCUGCGAGCUGUGCGGCAAGGCCUACUCCCACCGGGGCACCCUCCAGCAGCACCGGCGCCUGCACACGGGCGAGCGGCCCUACCGCUGCCCCUUCUGCAGCAAAGCCUACACCUGGUCCUCGGAUCACCGCAAGCACCUCCGCACCCACACUGGCGAGAAGCCCUACCCGUGCCCCGACUGCGGGAAGGCCUUCGUGCGCUCCUCCGACCUGCGCAAACACCAGUGCAACAUGCACAGCCGCGACAGGCCCUUCCCCUGCGCGCAGUGCGGCCGGACCUUCCACAAGCCGCUGUCGCUGCUGCGCCACCAGCGCGCGCACCGGGGCCAGAAGCCCUUCCGCUGCCCGGCCUGCGGCCGGGAGUUCGCCGUGGCCAGCCGCAUGGCGGAGCACCAGCGCGUGCACUCGGGCGAGCGGCCCUUCCGCUGCCCCACCUGCAGCAAGAGCUUCUCCAAGUCCUCCAACCUGACGGAGCACCAGACGCUGCACAGCGGCCAGCGGCCCUUCAAGUGCGCCGACUGCGGCGCGGCCUUCGCGCAGCCCUCGCGCCUGGCGCGCCACCAGCGCAUCCACACGGGCGAGCGGCCCUUUCCCUGCGCGCAGUGUGGCCAGGCCUUCGCCCGCUCCUCCACCCUGAAGCGGCACCAGCAGAUCCACUCCGGGGAGAAGGGCUUCCUCUGUGCCCAGUGCGGCAGGGCCUUCCGGAUCGCCUCGGAGCUGGCCCAGCACAUCCGGGGCCACAACGGGGAGAGGCCCUACCAGUGUGAGGACUGCGGCCAGGCCUUCACCAGGUCCAAUCACCUCCAACGGCACCGAGCCAAGCACGGCACCUGCAAGAGGGACCCCAUCCCCUCCUGCGACGAGUGAGGGCUCCACCAGUGACUCUUUGGGAAGGCAAAGACAUUGUCAACCUCACUGCUUGGCACCUUCCUCUGUGGACAAGCCACACACAUGGAAAUGCCACCUACGCCCCCCCUUGCCCCUCCUUCCAGUGGGUCACUGGCCGUGGCCAUGGGGGAAUCCAGCCAAAGUGGAAAGUUUGGGUUUGGCAGCUAUUCAUCACUCAUUCCUUAGAAAAACAGUCAAUAAGGUGGCCAUGAGGAAGGGAUUAGAGAAAGGAGUGAGGGUUCCUUGAAGGCCCAGUGUUGUUUUAUCUCAUUGUUUUACUUCUGACUAAGGGAACUUCCCGUGCCUGCGGUGACUCCUGGCACUCAACAUUCACCCAUCUUAUUGUCGAAAUGCAUGCACACUGAGCAGUUAUGUUACCCCUGACAUGAACACAACAGAUCACCCAGGAUUUCCAACGAGGCCUUAAAAAUUAGUCCUGGGAAAGAACUUUUGCAUAAGGCAUCAAUUCAAUUGCUAGAAUACUCAAGCAGAUGUCAUUGCUUGACAAAGAACUAGACUAUGAUCUACAAACUCAGUGACCCAUGCAAAUAUUGCCAAAGCUGGGAUGACUCAGUGUUUCAUCAAACCAGAAGAGGGUAACCUUUGAAAGUUGAGAGGGAAGCUUAUUUUCAACAGUAGUUGCCCCCUCUCCAUUCUGCAUAAAACCGUACCAGAGCGAUUAAAAUUCUUCCCUCAUGGCUGGAUAAUAUUUUUAUUUCUCUCUCCUUAUUUUCUCCUUAACCACCCCUGUACCCCUGGUCAAAUUGGCUCAGAGUGUCACAGUCUCAGGAGUAUCAGGCACUCCUUAGAUUGGCUCAGCAAUUAAAUGGAGCUUUUAUAAAACAUCAGCUAUAAUUAAACUUUAAAGAAAAAGCAGACCUCUCUGUAAAGCAAAGAAGAUGUAGAGGAAGACCAGAGAUAAGGAGGGAAGUAAGGGUCCCAUGUGGUAGUUGAUCAAAUCAAGGGUUAGUGGGGCAGCAGAUAAGAGGAGAUGCCUAAGACUCCAGGGGAGGCAUCAUAAGGCUCGGUGACAGGAUAUUAACAGCAACCAUUUAAUGAGCACUUUUUAGGGAUCAGGCACUGCAUUUAUUAUCCCAGUUAAUCCUGACAACAAUCCUUACGAGAGACCCUUGAAAAUAUUCCCAUAUGGGGUCUGCAACAACUUCCCUUUCCAGGAAAGCAGAUAAGAUUAAUGCUUGUGGCUAUUGUCUAUUAUUAUAAAAGCUUGAGAACCACUUGAUGGGAUUCACUGAGAACACUACAUCAGUCAUAUGGUAUUCCUGCCAAAAAUACAUAACCCAAUCCAAUCCUGUGUAAGCCAUCAGGCACAUCCAAGUUAGGGACAGGAAACAAAUAACUGACCUGUACUCUUAGGUCAAUGUCAUGAAAAAGAAAGGAAGUCCAAGGAACGGUUCUAGAUUAAAAGAGACUGAAGAGACACGAUGGCAACUACAUGCAAUGUGACUCCUGGGUCAGGAAAAAAAUUUCUAGAAAGAACUUAAUUGGGAAAAUUGGUGACAUUUUCUAUAUAUAUGUUAAGUUUCCGGGAUUUGGUAAUUAUACCUUGGCUACAUAAGAAAAGAUUUUUGUUCUUGGGAGUUACAUGUGGGAAUACUUAUAAUCAAUGGCUCUUACUGGCUGCAAAUUACUUUCAAAUG